AUGGCCGAGCCGAUUUCAAGCAUAAUUACCAUCGCACUGCUUGGGGUCGCUGUCGUCAAAGAAUGCAAAACCUAUAUUGGCGCGGUGCGGGAAAUAGACCAAUCAGUCGACCGGCUUGCCGACAAAGUUACAGACUUGCAUGAAGUGGUCUGUUUUCUCAACUCAACAUAUCAGCAAGCCGAGCCUGAUGGUGCUAGUGAAGCGUCACUUCGUGUACGUGGGAAGAUCACGCAAUGUCGCAAACGUUUUCGAGAUAUCAAGCCCAGGAUAUCAGAACUAAAAGCUCUCAGCACGGAGACCUUAGCCGACAAGAUCUCCCUGAAACUUAAGAUGGACGCAGUAGCUAAAGAUAUCGAGGCUGCCAUCGAUGAUAUACGGCAAUACCUGACGGACCUUGGUCUAAUCACUGGAGCUUGGUCGCAUCUUGAGUUAACCCAUAUGCGCCGCGCUUCGGAAUCUAUGGCAGCACAGCCACCUAUAAUUCAAGGCAGAAACGAGCGUCAACCCACUCAAGAAAAUCUCAGCGCACUUGAGAGAUGGCUCUCAAAUACGGAUACUAUUUUAGAGCCAACAAACAUCCGUAGAGACUCAACCACGACCUCACGCUCGCGUCCCUCCGUCUCCUCCUCGUCUUCGAAAGCUCUUCUGGUUCAAUCCGACGAUGACGAAAGCCUUCUCUCAGCCCAAACACCCGCCACCUCAAAUCCAAGCGAAGAUUGGAGGGACUUCCACAAAACAGUGUUGCGAUGCAAAGACGAUUCUGUUCUGAUUGAGAAGAUCCAUUCGAUGUUGGAGCAGCAUCCCGAGCCUAGCACGCUCGUAAACAUUCUGGGAGACCACAAACGUACCCCCCUUCACCUCGCAGCCAUGCGCGGCUAUGUCGAACUUGCCCGCAUUCUACUCGCUUUCGGCGGGGAUAUCCACGCUAAAGACACCGAACCCGCAUCCGUACUCGAUCACGCUCUCACAAACAAACAAGACGACUUCGUUAACCUCCUGCUCGAUAUAGGGGUGGACGAGACGGCGAUACUAGAACGGAACAGGGACCAGUUGAAGAAGACUAAAGCUAUCAUUGCUUUCAGGAAGAAGCUAAAGCAAAGCCCUCCACAGGAGAGGACUAGGAAAUCCAGUUGGAGCUUUGGAAGAAGGAGCUCGAAGUGA